AUGGAACUCCAUCAACCCUCUGGUUCCUUCCUCGCCGAUGCCACUACCACGGCCCCGGCGAGCCAGUCUCUCAGGUCGCGACGGCGCGAUUCUCUACCACUGACUGUGAAGACUGCGGAGGUCCGGUCAGCCAAGCGCACUCCAAACUAUAUACGCACCACAGCCGCCUCGCCCCAGGUCAUCUCCUCCCUGAUCGAUCAGCUAUCAGCCAUUUCCAUCCCCACGCGCAAUCAUUUCGAAAACCUGCUUGUGGGCUACGACGACCCCGUGCCCGCAUCGACGUCGACCUCUGCCGCCCCCAGCGUACACGCGCAUUCCGAGGGGAACUCGCUGAAGGGGCAUGAUGGGGCUGGCCAGGACUACGCAAACUACCACCAGUCGUUGAAAGACCAAAACGACCUCUACCCGGACGACGCAUGCGAGCCGCCCGUCAUCCGCACCUCCAAACCACCCUCGGGCAAAUCCCCGCUUACUGCACCAAAGAAGCCGAGCAAAGCACAUUCCCUCAGCAGCUACAUCGGCCGAAGUGGCGGCAGCUCGUGCUCUCUGCACUCGACCCACUCCAACGCAAGCAGUUUUGGAAACAUUAGCAUCGAGGUCGGUGCGCCGUGCCGAUUGUCCAGUAGCAGCAACAGAUCGUCUGCGGAGAGCAAGAGGAGCUCAAAGGGUUACAAGAGCUUAAUGUACAUGAGCUCGCGCGAGCAGCUCAGGCAAAAGGAGACGGACCGGAAGCGUGUAACAGUACAUCACCCCAUCGACGACAGCGCGUCCAUCGACUCCCCCAGGAAGGCUGCCUUCCAACUGUUUCCGUACGAAGACACAAUCAAGGAAGAGCCUUACUCUGCCAAGGACGAGCCGCAGAUCAAAGAGACUACUCUCGAGUCGCCCCGACACGUCCAGCGAUUUUCUCACAGCCCACGGCGACUCCGUCUGAACUUGGUGGAUGGUCCGCAGGGCGAAAGCCUCUCCGACAAGGGCCUGAUUCCCGAACGCGGUUCAUCCCUGAGGCAUACGGGCAGUCCGACUCGCAAGGCCAAGAAGCGCCGGUCCGAGGAGAAGAAUCGUCCCAAGUCCCGCAAGACCGACGCGGUACCCGAAGUGGAGGAGAAUAUGGAUCCUGAGGCCCAGAGAAACAAGACCAUCUUGGACGAGCUGGAGCAGGAAGAGAAUGAGGUCGCUCAACGAAUUCGCCAACUCAAGGAGCGGAAGAUGCGGAGGGAUGAGUUGGCCGGGAGGAUGCCUGUUAACUCCGGCCUAGGGUCAACACCCGCCAGAGCGUCGCAUGUUUCAUCCUUCCCAAGUCCAGAGUCUUCCCCCACAACGACUGUAUCAAGCGUGUCAGAAGAUGAGCGAAGGGUGCAAGACCCCACCAAAGCGCACAAGGUGCUGGGAAUAUCGCACGAAACUGCCUUGGCGGAGAAGCUAAUGCUUAGGCCACAAGACAAGCCUGCCGAAAGAGUGGAAAGUGACAGGCCCAGCCCUUCAGUGCUACCCCAACCACGCACUUCGCGCCAACCGCGGCCUCGAAGUUUAACACUAAACGACAGUAAUGACCUUACCCCGCUUCCUCGUAACUACGCAAUUGCGCUCCAAACCUUUGCCGAAUCUGCGCUUUCGCCAGCUCUAGAGCCAAGUCGCUCAAGAUCGCCUGGUCGUCCCUCGAGCACAACAACCAAGUCGAAUAGCGACACUUCUGUACCCCAGCGCUGCAACUCACUGGCUGUCAGCGGCAGAACUGCACUCGGGCGGCGCGCAGUGACCAGUUCGGUCAUCAUGGAGGGCAAGCCACUUGGUCACAAGCAUUCUUCUAGCGCAUCCGAAGAUGCAACAAACAACAGGUUAUUACCGCCCUCACGUGCGGCCAGUGAGGAGCCCAUCAGCCGACACCGCUCAAUGCACGUAUCACCGCCACCAGAUUCCCAUAGCAUGCAACUUCAGCGCAAGCGCACAAGCGCGAAGAAGAGAUGGUCGCAUCCCGAUCUGCCACAAAAAGCAGAGAAAAAACACAACGAGAGGGUGGAUCGAAGGGAGCAGCAGUCCAGAGCGGCGGCAGUACAGAGCCCAUCGCAUCCCAUUAUUGAAGAAAGGCCUGCAAGCAUGGAUUCCAUCGAUGUAGAAGUGCAUCAAUAUCUCGACUCGCCGCGCCUAUCGCAGAAGAUCCGGCAUCCACAAACGGGAAGGCUCAUCUCCUUCUCUGAAGUCGGCGACCCAGAGGGCUUUGCUGUCUUUGUCUGCGUCGGCAUGGGGCUGACAAGAUUUGUCAUGGCCUUCUACGAUCAACUCGCAGCCACACUAAAGCUGCGUCUAAUCACACCGGAGCGCCCUGGUAUUGGAGGUAGCCAACCUGAUCCGAAUGGCACUCCUCUUAGCUGGCCUGAGCCAAACCACGACGAAGCACAGCGCAUGCAAGAGAUGAGCGGUCUAGCCGAACGUCAACGUGCUUUUGAUGAACGCCUUACCUUUGCAAUCUGGGACCGCGCAACGGCAAACGCAAACCCCGCAACCGACCUUAUCGUCUGCCUCGAAACCAAGCAGAGUAUUGGUUUCCGCUACGAAGAUAUCAAUCGUCCUGUUGUCAUUCACCAUGGAUCCAAGGACUCGCGUGUCCCCGUCGACAAUGUUCGGUGGUUGGGCAAGCUGAUGCGCAAAUGUGAAGUACGCAUUUUGGAGGGCGAGCAACAUGGACUAAUGGCCAGUGCGCAAGUCAUGGGCAAUGUGCUCACGGAGAUGGCAGGCGAUUGGGAAGAUUGGGCGAACAUGGUACAGAAGGGCCACGACGAGCAUCGGUCUGUUUCAAGGAGGAGGACGACAGAGAGGUUGAAGAGUCAAAUCAGUUUCUCUAGCUGA